CUUCCCUUUCUCUCUUCGGGAAUGACGAAAGUUUGGCAGUUUGCGAACUGAUGCUGUCAUUAACCGUCCAAUCCUAUCCAUCCCUCCUCGGCCCGGUUCAAAUAAACUUGAGACAGCCUAACGGUGUCCGGUCGAAUAUUUUAUUACUCACCCUCCCCAUGCGGAUGAUGAUGAUGAUGAUUCUGCUGCUGCUGAUGAUGCUGCUGAAAGGAGAGUAAUGACGGUGUAACCCCAGCUCUUGGGCUGGAAAGCGGCCGAUCAAUCAUCAUUGGCACUUUGGUGGGCUCCUGAUCCUGCCGCUUCCCGGCGACUAGCUUCCUGCAUCAUGCUUCCCAAGACACCUUCAUACGUUGAGAAGUGAUGAACCUACUCUUACCCUUGGGCGAUCGAAAUCAUCCUUGAAGCCAAGUGCAGUGUCCAUGGCCAGGAGGAGCCCGGUACGCCCCGGAUGGGCCGACGGGGCCGUGGCCACAACACGACUUUAUUUAUCGUAAGGAAGGGUCAUGAUUUGAUUCUCGUUGACGGGGCGCGGCCCAAAUUUUCUUUCUCUCCUCCUCUCCAUACUCAGCUGGGGACGCUCAUUCAGUCAGCCUGCCAGAAUUCACGGGACAGCUCCACUGAGGCUUCCGUGCAAUCAGACGGCAGCUCCACCGUUAGUGGGACUUGGCGAUUGGGUGGUAGGGGAGGUGAAAUCAAAGAAAGUGGUGCUUCGACGAUUCUAGCCUCCCGGAGAGCAGCUAAAGCAAACUGGCCAGAUAAGUCAAGUUACUUUCUUUUCCCAGCCACACUGUUACAGCGCGAUUCUUCUGGCCCAUGCCCGCCAGAAAAUGGGGUUUCCGCUGUUCUUUUCCUGUUCGAGAAAAGCAUAAGAAUGUCCUCGUGCACCCACUCCCAUGUGAAGUUUGAAUCGGACGGCACAGAAGGGCCUCCCGUUAUGGUUGUCUCGGAUGAUAUGUUUAAAAGGGGGACCGGCCGAUGCUGUGUCCGCAGCACCACCACCACCACCAACAAUGGGAAGGUUUACCACUCCCUCGACGUGCAGGAGCUAAAGUAAGCAUGCCGUGUACUUUGCUGCAGCCAGACUGCAACUGUUGGGACGCCUUUUGUCCGAUGGGUACAGUGGUGAACUACCACCUCUGUGCGGCGUAGUAGAUGAAGGGGACUAGCUAGCUGUCGAGCACGGAGUACGUGGAGAACCAACAAAGGAGGGGUCGGAUCCGGACCUGGUGUAGCUUGUGGGGAGCUCCAGACUCAGCUUUGGUCUCUAACAUGCUGCUACUGCUGCUGUUGUUGCUCCGUCUUCUCCUCAUCCUCCGUCCACUCAAUCCACCGUUAGCCCGUCGGUUCGGGCCAUAACAUAUCAUUGACGCCAUCGCAGGAAUACUAAGAUUGCUGAGUG